CACCUUUUUCAGAACGUUCUCGUGAUAUAAAUAAUUCUGUAAGGACUGAAAACUUUAAAUUAAUCACAGCAGGUUAGUUCCGACUUAAAGAAAUGUCAAAGAAUUCAAUUUUAUUCUUGACAGAGAACUUAGCCUGAUUGUUAUGACGCAAUCGGAACACUUUCAUUGGUAAUUUACAUGGUUUUUAAAUUUUCAACAGACAAACACUUCAAUCCCAUGUUUUGGCCCUAUUUUUAAGAACUCGUGAAAAACUUUUUAAGUCUCUCGUUUUGCGGGAUCUCCGGGGGACAUAAAAAUAAGCAAUGAUUAUUUUGAUUUGACAUUUAACCCAUAAGAGGAACUCCGAUAAGUCUAAGCAUUCUGGUUGGGCCUUUAAGCUAUUAAGAAUCUACUCAAGGGAUUCUUUCAAGAAUAUUUUCGACACAACAUUUUCGUUUUCCUUGCAAUUCUCUUCAUGGUUUAGAUUGCUAUGUAAAUUAAUUUAGCUUCUCUGCGGUCGUUAUCAUAAAUAAACUUUCAUUUAAGAGUAACUAAUUAACUAUAACUAAUGAGUUCUUACUCAUUUGUGUGUGCGGUACGUUAUUGAUUUGAUGCCUGUUUUUGCAUGCGGUUCGUUUUAUGUCUUAAUGGUAAAGAAUUAUUUCAAGGAUGUGAUGGUAAAUUGCAACCUUGAAAUGAUACAGCGGAUGUAAUACAUUGAAAGUGUGUUCCUGUCAAUGUUUUGUUUGAAAUAAGCGAUUUUCUUUCUGCCGUUGGAAGAUGGAGAGCAGCAAAUUACUUGUUACCUUUCUACUGUCAUUACCACUGAGUAUUGACGCUUUCCUCGGCGCUAAACACUUCAAUCGAGAUGACAAACGAGGAGAACGACAUGCAUAUUUUGUGAGAGAUCCUGCAAAGCGACUAAAUUCUUCUAUUCUAGAUAGUUUUAUGGUUUCCGAACCUAUGGGGUGUGUUUUUCGAUGUAUUGGUCACCAAGAAUGUUAUUCGGUAAAUUUUGCUGCGUUUUCACAUGACGGAAGGCAUACGUGUGAGCUGUUGAACGCGGACAAGUUUCAAAACUCCAGCAAUUUUCUUCAUAGCGUAAACUUUGACCAUUACAACAUUAAGAGCCCCUGCAUGAGCAAUCCCUGUCUAGACGGAGCCUUAUUCUGUCGACCAAUUUACCAGCAAGACGAUUAUCAAUGUGUCUGCAAACCAGGUUUUACUGGACACUACUGUGAAACGGAUAUUAACGAAUGCUCCAGUAAUCCUUGUUUAAACGGAGGAGUUUGCAAUGACCAAGUGAAUGGAUAUGUAUGUGCCUGUCUUGCUGGAUACACUGGCCUUCACUGUGGAACAAAUAUCAAUGAGUGCUCCAGUAAUCCCUGCUUGAAUGGAGGUACUUGUACUGACCAAGUUGAUGGAUAUGUUUGUUCCUGCAUCGCUAUGUACACAGGACCACGAUGUGAGACUGUUCGUAUUUUGGACAUUUAUAUUCGAAGCGAAGGUUGCGACGAUCCUGGAAAAGCACCCAAUUGCGGCAAAGCUUACAUUAAGGUGGAUGGGACGGAUUAUUCUCUUCAAAAAAGAGGAUUUAACGUUGUUGUUGUGAAUGGUGAAACAGGUGUCUUCCUUGAGGCAAGAUCAUUUGAUACUUACGAAUAUAGUUCGAGCGGCUAUCAUUUGAGAGACUACCUGAACAGCCUGAGUGGCAAUAAAAUCGUUUUGGUUGCUACUCAAGAUUCAGCCUCCGAGCACAUGUCACCUGCAAUUGACGCUCUCAAGAGACUGGGUGCUACCGAUCCUCUUCAAGGAAACCACCGAGAUUCCUUUGCUUUCGCUGGAUACGCAGGAGUUAAUAAACCACAAUGGAUCACACAAAAAAGAGCAGAUAGAUACCUGGGACCCAGUGAAAUAUUUCCGCAAAUACCGCUGUCAAUUAAUCAAUAGAUCGGAACUACUCUAAGAUGAGCGAGGAAACAUAAAGAUUCAAGACUAUAUGAAUCAUUGAAAUGCUCCCAAAAAAAUCUGGUGAUAUUUUAGAUACCAUAGCAAAUCUGCAGUUACAGUCGCCAGAAUGGCGACCUGUGUUUGGAUGUUCUGAAGCAUUUAAGGAUAUACAGUACACAAUCGAGUUUUUUUUUUUUUUUUUUUUUUUUCACUUCCAAUGAAGCAUUACUAUUUUAACUACAGUUUUCCAAAAACCAAUUUGCUAAAUAUUGAAAUUCACUUAAUAAGUUAAAAAAGUGUGAUUAGCCAAUUUUAACAUGUCACCUCAAAUGAUUCCCUAAGUGUUUUAUGUGGCAAAAAAUCCUGGUCUUUGAAUUUCAGUCGCGUAAAAAUCUCCUGUUUUCGAUUGCACGUGGAGAUCUUUGCUGUCUGUCCGCGUUUAAAACCAGACUGUAAAGAGAGAAUAAAAGAGAACAAAAGGGGUAGAGUCCUUAGGUGAAAAUCAUGCUGUUAAAGUUACACUUUUUCUACAAUGAAUAUUCCCUUUCUCUCCUCGGUUGUCGUAACAUUAAACCUUGAAAUAUUGCGUGCAGUUCAAUGGCAAUUGAUACCUUAUUGCCUUUUGUCAGAAAUUUUCA